AUGCAUUCUCGCUCAUGCUUCAAAUUAGAGAAUCUGGAUAUCACAAGUGAGUUCCUUUCAUGUCGUUUUGUUGAAAUGGACAAUGGAAUCCAUCUUUCUGAAAUAUUUGGUAUACAAAAUCAAGACCCUGGAAGUAUUCUCCUUGCAUUUGUCUUCUCCAUGGUCUGGCAGCUAGUUGAUGCAUCCCUAGACGAGGAAGGGCUUUUAGAACUAACCCCUAAUAAGAAGUCUAAAUGGCCCGCCGGGCCACACGACAUGGAGAUAGACCUAAUCCAAGAUUUUUUGCAGAAUAAAGCAAUGCUGGUUUACGACAUGACAGGACGCGAAUCCUUUGAGCAUAUUCCUCAAUGGCUAGAGGAACUACGAGUACACGCCGAUAAGAACGUUGUCUUCGUCAUGAUCGGUAACAAGUCUGAUUUAGAAGAUCAGAGAUCGGUUCCCAUGGAGGAGGCCAAAGAGUUUGCAGAGAAAGAAGGGCUGCUUUUUCUCGAGACAUCAGCUUUAGAUUCUACUAAUGUAGAGAACUCUUUCAUCACUCUCUUGACUGAGAUCUUCAACACAGUGAGAAAGAAGAAUCUCGCAUCUCGCCGAAAUCAAGGCGAUCCAAACAAAACAUGCAUCACAGGUGUUACAGGAGGAACUAUCUCAUCUAUGGAAUGA